AGGAUGUUUGUUUGUUCCCUUAGGGUGUCGAUGGCUUGCCUAUCAGAUUUCAGUUGUUCCCCGCCCUGGCUUUCUACCAGAACAGCAAACCUUGACCGCAAUUUCAUUGGAAGUGGAGGUUAUAGCGGAUUUAAUUUCACGCAGAUACGGACUUUUCUGGUAAAGAUAUUGGAGAGCACCACAGACUAGGACCACUACUUCUCGCGCUCCAUUUCGAAGGCCUUAAUUGACUUAGAUAUACAGA